AUGUCUAUAAAUUUUGAUAAUGGCUUUGAUAGGAGGAGAAUUAUAAACUAUAAUACAGAUCUUUUUGAUUGCGCUUUCUGCUCAUGUGUGCCAAGAGUACCAAGACAAUGUGCUAAUUGUGAUUCUAUUUAUUGUCGUUUAUGCAUUGAAAAAUGGUUUAAACAAUCGAACGGUUAAAGUAGAGAUAAUUGCUGUUAACAAUAGACAAUUACUAAUUUAUCAUAAAUAUUAUAAUCAAAUUAUAAUGAUCUGCUUUUGAGAUGUAUAAAAUGUUAAAAGGCUAUUUGUAUCAAUCAAAUUGAUUAGCAUGAGUUUGAGUGCGGUUUAAUCAAAUAGUGUGUAAAUUACUAAUGUUGUGGGAACAUCAUUCCAUAAGAGAAUAUAAAUAAUAAUUCUAAUUAAUGUAGUGAUUAGUGUUGCUAAUUUUUGAGUAAAGUGAAAGAAAUUAAUAAUAAGUAAGAGAUAUAUAAAAGAGCAAGAGAAUUUUUAAUAUCAAAUCCAUUUAGUAACAGAGAAUAACUUUUAAGUGACGAGGAUAGAUAGAAUAUAAUGAAUCCCUAUAAUUAAAUCACCAUCGGAAAUGCUCCUAUCAUCUUAAGAUGGGAUAAAGCAAGGUGCGGUUCUAAUAUAAUCCUAACAGAUGGAGAUUAGAAAGUCUUUCUUUAAGAAUAAGGAUAUAUUUUUAAAUCUGUGGUUGCUAACUAUGGCUUUGAGUCAGGGAUUGUAUAUUGGGAGAUCGAAGCAGACGACAGGACUGAAAACUAUUUAAAAAUUGGUGUGACAACUCAAAGGGACUUUAAUUUUAAUUCAUCCUUCUGUGAUUAUGAGUUUGGCUGGGCUUUCUAUGGAUCAGCACAAAUACGUCAUAAUCAAAAAUAAAAUGGUACUGCUUUUGGAAAGCCAUUCAAAGAUAAGGGCACUUUGGGAAUUUGCUUAAACAUGGAUUCAGGGACUUUAAUGUUCAGUUUGAAUGGAGAAAACAUGGGUUGUGCUUUCAAAGAUGAAAAAUUGAAACGAGGACCCAUUUAUCCAGCUGUAUCACUACUUCACAAAGCUGGUUGUAAAAUAAUAAGUGAAAAACCUGUUCCAUAGAUAUUUUAAUAAUUUUGA